AUGUUACCCUCUUCUUCUCAUCCAUCUAUCAAUAUUUCUUCUAGAAGAAUCGAUGUACGUGACCUUUUGAGUAAUCUGUUUUCUGAAGGCUACGAACCCGGCAUUUGCUCCACCAGAUCAGAAGUCCGUGCGGCAGAUUCAGUCUUAAGUGCAGCUGAACUUCAUCAUUUAGUAACCUCACGUGAACCGAACCAUUCAAAUUUAAUCCCCAAACGUAAAUCUGUCUCAGUUCGGACUUCAGAGGCUGCUCUUGGAGCCAGCUGUGACUCUCUUCUAAUCAACGGCCCCUUAUCUCAUCCCCAGGUCUGUAAAGAACUAGAAAAGUCCUCCUGGCGCAGUAGUUUUUCACUGUCCGGACAUUUAUCAGGAGAUAAUGUCACACGGCAAUCAGGGGCUGGAUCUGAGAGGUCUAACACUGAAAUGCGAAAAAUGGACCGCCUAAUUAGUGGAGUAUCUCGCAGACUUUUCCCGGGCAUCGUUGAUGGAGCUGGAGUUGGAAAUGGGGUUGGAGCAGGAGUUGGAAAUGGUGCAGAAAGUAGUAGUGGAACCAGGGAUGCAGCCAAAAGUAGCCUGGCCAAGGGAGGAUCUUGUGGAAAAAUUAGUCGAGAACGAAUAAAAUUAUGGGAGUCCUCCAUCGAGCACCUCCUAUCUGAUGAGUGUAAGUUGAGUAGAGUGUUUAUUGCAACCACUCUUAAUCAAUGUUAUUUUUCGUAA